GAGUAAUCAGAGCAGUAGUCAGGAGAACCAGCCAGAGCAGCUGCAGGACUGUUUUAUGCUCAAGUCUCAGGAACAAUGUCAGUGGUGACUUUGGCAGAGUGUAGAGAGCAGAUUCGCAGGGAGCUGGACAGCGUAGUGGACUUCUGGCUCAAAUACUCUCACGACACUUUACAUGGUGGCUUUUUCACUUGCAUCGGGAGAGAUGGGAAAAUCUACGAUGAGCUGAAGUAUGUGUGGCUGCAGGGUAGACAGGUGUGGAUGUAUUGUCGCCUUUACCGAACCAUGGACCGUUUCCAGAAGCCUGAAAUACUUGAUGCAGCAAAAGCUGGAGGAGCCUUCCUGAGAAAGUUUGCUCGUCUCUCCAGCAGCAGUGACCCAUGGAAAUGUGCUUUCUGCUUGACAAGGGAUGGAAAACCAGUCAAAAUUCAGAGGACCAUAUUCAGCGAGUGCUUCUACGUCAUGGCCAUGGAUGAACUGAGUAGGGUCACUGGUGAUGUGGACAUGCAGGCCGAGGCUGUGCAGAUGAUGGAGCGGUUGAUAUACUGGGUUCAGGUGAACUCCUCUGGCCUGGGUAGGCCUCAGCUCCCUGGAGAAACUCCCACCAACAGCAUGGCUGUUCCCAUGAUGCUGCUGUGUCUGGUACAACAGUUAACUGAAGACCGCGAUCAGGAUGUGGUUCAGAGGUACAAGGAGCUGAGCACCUGGUGUGUGCAACAGAUUCUCCAACAUGUCCAGAGAGACGGCACAGCUGUUUUGGAAAAUGUGUCAGUGGAAGGAGGAGAGCUGCCGGGAUGUCAGGGUCGACUGCAGAACCCAGGUCACGCUCUGGAAGCAGGCUGGUUUCUGCUCCAGUACAGUGCACGUCACAACCACCAGGAGCUCCAGAGGACAGCCAUAAACACCUUCAUGGAGCUUCCGUAUCAGCGUGGCUGGGACCAAGAGCACGGCGGCUUCUUCUACUUCCUGGACGUGGAUGGUCACUGUCCCACACAGUUGGAGUGGAGCAUGAAGCUGUGGUGGCCUCACUGUGAAGCUCUCAUCGCCUUCCUGAUGGCUUACAGUCACACCAAGAUGCCGGCGCUGUUGCAGAGGUUCUUCCAGGUUUAUGAAUACACCUUUAGCCACUUUUUGGAUCCCAUCAAUGGCGAGUGGUUUGGAUAUUUGACACAAGAAGGGAAAGUGGCGCUGGAUUUCAAAGGAGGCCCUUUUAAAGGGUUCUUCCACUUGCCUCGCUGCCUUUAUAUGUGUGAGCGCAUUCUGGACGACCUGCUGGAAAAUGACCACGAAGCAAAAAAACCCGACAUGUAGUCACACAAAGUUGUUUAUUUCCUGAUAGACCUCCAUUCAUUCUUCUGCAUUACUGCUCCUGUUCAGUCACAGGAGGCAGCAGACUUUAACGCAGGUGACGCACCAGGCUGAUUACACUUCAGUCACACCACCACACACUCAUAUGACACAUUGAAGUGAUCCAGUGUUUUCUCAUAUCGUACAUAUUUCAUUCACAUUUCUUGUCAGUUUACAUGUCCGUUCAUGUCAGUGACACCUUGUAUUUCCUGAAUCUACUUUACAAAAAAGCCACUAUACCACUAAACCACUAUAAUGGUUUCUCCACUUUAAUGUCAAAUAUUUCAUAAGUUUAAAACAGUGGUUUUCAAACUGGUUUAAUUAACUGGCAAAGUAUAUGUAUUACAAAGUGAUUAUUUCAAAACGAAUUUACCCUUCUUUGCACAUAAAACUGUGUGACAAAGAAUUAAUUUAAGCAGAUUGUUAAAAGGAAGGGAAGUUUAAAACUAAAUGUGAGCACUGAAGGAAAAUCAGAAAAGGCUAUAUAUAUAUAUGUUUGUGGAAAUACACUGUUGAUAUCUUGAGGAGGAGCUGCUGAUUUUGACUUUCUGAUGUGGUUAGGAACGUAUAACGCUGGGGAAAGUGGCUUCUGAGGGUCCAUUCCUCGGGUCAGCAAAGACCAGCGCUGUGACAGUGGGCCAAAAAUGUUUCUUGAUUUAAUAACAAAUUGUGCUGUUUUUAUGAUAAAUAAAGAAAAACACUGGUUACAGAAUUUUCCUAAAUUAUACAUAAACAGGCCACACUUGUCUAUAAGCCGCGGGUCUCCACGUUUUAACAUGAGAUAUUUACACAGAAAGAUGUUAGACAGAAUGAUUUUUUUUAAGCUUUUAAAUACGUACCAUAAAUGCAUUUUUUCCUGGAGGUGUUACACGUAAAUAUUGACCAGUACGGCAUCCAGCGUGUGCACAGUGGCACAUGGCAUCUCCGCUCCACAUGGAGAGCUGAGUAACUUUAACUUACUAACUAACGUUUCUUUGCGGAUCAUGAGAUAAUUUCAUUGUGUGCAGUCAGGAUCGCCUGGUGUCUGUGGUUAAUGAGACGGUGCUGUGACUUUUUCAACUUGUGGCGCAAAGACAGACCUGGGGGGGCGACAGCUCCGCUGACUGAUCUGAUGGAGCAACUGCAGCACAAAGUGCCAGAGGGACUUUUUUUCAGCCACGACAAGGAAUUAAAGUAUUUUCAGAUGUCUUUUUCCAAAAUCAGUAGUCUUUAUGUGGUUAAUUUUUCUUCACGACGUGAUGAUGAAUCCACUAAAACGAACAGGUACGACUUCAUAUUUACUUUGUGUGUGAAUUUACACCACAUGAGGACCGCAGCUUUCAGCCAAUCAAUGCACAGCAUCAGUUGGCGUUUUUCGACUUAUGAGAAAGCCUGUAAAGCUCCAUAAAUGAGUUGCAUCAUUGUUUAAGCCGCAGUGUUCAAAGUGUGUGAAAAAAGUAGUGGCUUAUAGUCUGGAAAUGACGGUAUUCAUCUUAUAUCUACAUGUAUAAAAGGCAAUAUCUGUGUAUGUGGCAUGAUUUGUGUUUGCGGUGAACUGCCACAGUCAAUGAAGCAAUUGACACCCAACUUGGUGUGGCCUUCACAGCCAACCAAAAAUCAACUGAAGUUGAGAUGUCAACUUAAAAAAAAAAAUAAUAAUAAUAAUAAUAAUAAAACAAUCCUGUGUCAUUCGUGGCAGAAUGAAUGACACCAUUUCAUUGAAAUUUUGGCCUUUUGUCCGCUUACAAAGUUUCUUUGUUUGACAUGCAGAUCUGGUAGGUAGGGUAGGAAGAAAUUUUAUUUGUUUUUAUAUUGCUGGAAUAGCAGCCGUGGGUGAGCCCCCCACCCCCUCCCCCCAAAAAAAACCAACAGAAAAAAGGUGAACAAAAUUUUAGAGAAGGGACAAAGUGACGGCAAACUUUUUUUUUUUUUUUUUUUUGCCUUAGCCUGAAAAUUGAAUAUCAGAAUGAUACAAAUGUUGUUUGUGAUGCUGAGGUGCUGGAAGCCCGUCUAAAGGCAUAAUCACCUUGCAUAAUCCGUAUGGGUUGGGACUCAAAAAAAAAAAGUCCACUCAGAUUAAUCAUGAGAUUAGA